AUGUUGGGAGGCUGUUACUCCGGAGUUGCCAUCUGCCGUAAAGCUACCUCAUCCCACGAAUCUCUUGCCGCUGUCUUUCCAAACCUGCCGAUCACCUACUUACAGGCUGAGGCCAGGGCCAUAUCGCAGGCCGCGCAGGGAGAGGCCAGCAGGAACCCAGACACUAAGUCGAGGACCUCACCAGUUUAUGAGAACAUGUUUGUGGCUCUGUGGUCAGUGGCCACAGAAACAUCUGUAAAAGAUUGGGUCCAGUCUUUGGCCUACGUGGGAGAGGCUGCAGUCCUACCUGGGUAG